AUGAAAUCUAAGCAUAAUUCUUCAGGAAACAGAACAAGAAGCACGAUAUCUAUAUUCGUUGUUAUUGCUCUGUGUUGUCUCUUCUACCUUCUUGGAGCGUGGCAAAAGAGUGGUUUUGGAAAAGGAGAUAGCAUAGCAUUUCCAGUCACCAAGCAGACAGAUUGCAGCAAUGUCUUUACUGAUUUGAACUUUGAAACACAUCACAACAUUGAGGAGAUAGUUGAACCCUCUGAACCUAAAGCCAAAGAGUUCAAGCCUUGUGAUGUUAAGUAUGCUGAUUAUACUCCUUGUCAAGAGCAAGACCGAGCAAUGAAAUUCCCGAGGGAAAAUAUGAUAUACAGGGAAAGGCAUUGUCCACCAGAAGAGGAAAAAUUGCAUUGUCUUAUUCCAGCACGGAAAGGAUAUAUGACUCCUUUCCCCUGGCCUAAAGGCCGUGACUAUGUCCACUAUGCCAAUGUCCCUUAUAAAAGCCUGACAGUUGAGAAAGCUGUUCAGAACUGGGUGCAGUUUCAGGGAAAUGUUUUCAAAUUUCCAGGUGGAGGAACAAUGUUCCCCCAAGGCGCUGGUGCAUAUAUUGACGAACUUGCAUCUGUUAUUCCGAUUUCAGAUGGCUCUGUCAGGACAGCGUUGGAUACUGGUUGUGGUGUUGCAAGUUGGGGUGCAUACUUGCUAAAGAGAAAUGUAUUAGCCAUGUCCUUUGCACCACGGGAUAAUCAUGAAGCACAAGUGCAGUUUGCAUUGGAGCGAGGUGUACCUGCUGUUAUCGGUGUGCUUGGAUCAAUUCGUCUUCCAUACCCAUCUAGGGCCUUUGAUAUGGCUCAGUGCUCUCGGUGUUUAAUUCCAUGGACUGCAAAUGAUGGGAUGUAUCUAAAAGAAGUUGAUCGGGUCCUCAGACCUGGUGGAUAUUGGAUCUUGUCUGGACCUCCAAUUAAUUGGAAGACAUACUACAAAACGUGGAAGCGGUCUAAGGAGGAUGUCCAGACAGAGCAAAGACAGAUUGAAGCACUAGCUGAAAGUCUUUGCUGGGAGAAAAAGUAUGAGAAAGGAGAUAUGGCUAUUUGGAAGAAAAAAGUUAAUACAAAAUCCUGCAAAAGCAAGUCUGUCAAUGUAUGCCAGACAGAGGAUGCUGAUGAUGUCUGGUACAAGAAAAUGGACACAUGCGUAACCCCCUCUCCUGAGGUAACCAAUGCAAAUGAUGUAGCAGUGGGGGCAUUGAAGUUUCCUGCGAGGCUUUAUGCAGUCCCUCCUCGAAUAGCUAAUGGUUUAGUUGACGGAGUUACUACUGAAUCUUACCAAGAGGAUAAUAAACUUUGGAAAAAGCAUGUAAAUACUUACAAAAGAAUCAACAACUUGAUUGGCACUACCAGAUAUCGGAAUGUCAUGGAUAUGAAUGCAGGCCUUGGAGGAUUUGCAGCAGCCCUUGAAUCACGAAAAUCUUGGGUUAUGAAUGUGGUGCCUACAAUUGCAAAGAACACUUUGGGUGUUAUUUAUGAGAGAGGUCUCAUUGGCAUUUAUCAUGACUGGUGUGAAGGCUUCUCCACGUACCCAAGGUCGUAUGACCUUAUUCAUGCUAGUGGGGUGUUCAGCUUGUACAAGAACGAGUGCAAUCUGGAAGACAUCCUUCUGGAGAUGGACCGCAUCUUGCGGCCUGAAGGUACCGUCAUCUUCAGGGAUGAAGUUGAUGUCCUGAACAAGGUUAGGAAGAUCGUCGGGGGCAUGAGAUGGGAUGCCAAAAUUGUGGAUCAUGAGGAUGGCCCCCUUGUGCCAGAGAAGAUAUUGGUUGUCGUUAAACAGUACUGGGUUGCCGGCAGUGGAAACAGCACAUCCAAUGAUCAGUAA